AUGUCGCCCGCCCGUGGCCUCUGCCUCGCCGACGUCGUCACCGAACGCCGCCGCCUCGACCUCUCCUCCUCGCCGGCGACGCGUCCCCGUCCUCCUCCUCGACCCCCACUGCCACCCCCCUACAGCUACGCGGUGAGCUGUCGCGCCGGUCGUGCCUCCCCUCUCCCCCCUCUCUGCUCCCGGCCACGCCCGAUGCGCGCGCCCGCGCACCGCCGUUCCGCACCCGAGCGCCCCGAGUGCGCUCGGCCGCACUCACCGCCGCAUCCGCCACGCUCCCGCGCGCUCCCUGCUGCGUCGUGCCCACGCAUGCCCCGCUCGCUCCUUUGCCUGCUGCUGCUGCUCACGCCGACCCCGCCACCGCGCGCUCACCGCAGCGCCCCGCAGCUCCUCCGCCGCACGGCGCCCGCUACUGCGGCCUCGCUGGCCCGCACGCUCGCAGCUGCACACCGCUCCAGCUCCGCCACUCGCCGCCCCGCUCCGGCCUCCCUCGCCGUGCUCCGCCUCCCCACGUCGGUCGCUGGUCGCUCGCCGUUGCCCGCAUAG